UGAGAUUCCUAACACUACUCGUACAACUAUAGUAUCCCAUCCUCCACGCAUUUAAAUACAGAAUAUGUAUUUCAGCUUUAGCAACCCAUGCUCUAUUCUUUCACUUACCUAAUUAAACUACAAUGGAUGUUCUUCUUCCAUAUGUCAGCACUACAACAGUUGUUCUAAUCGCCAUUUUAUACUGCUUUCUACGACGAAGAGCCAGAGCUGCUAAGGGACUGAAAGCUCCCAAAGCUGCCGGUGGUUGGCCUAUUUUAGGCCACCUACAGUUGUUUUCAGGACCCAAACCACCCCACAUAACACUAGGAGCUCUAGCCGAGAAGUAUGGUCCUGUCUAUUGCAUUCGGUUAGGUGUGCACCCAACUCUGGUGGUCAGCUCAUCAGAGGUAGCAAGGGAAUUAUUCACAGCCAAAGACACAGUAGUGGCCUCGCGGCCAAAAUUUGUGUCAACUAAGCUCUUGGGCUACAACUAUGUCUUGUUUGCGUUUGCUCCCUAUGGCCCGUACUGGCGCGAGUUGCGCAAGAUUGUUAUGGUAGAACUACUAUCUAAUCACCGGCUUCAGCUACUCAAACAUGUUUUCAUUCUCGACGUGGAGACUUCUUUAAGGGAGCUGUACAGGGUUUGGGAAGAGAAAAAGAAUGGCGGGUCGGAGCAGGUAUUGGUUGAGAUGAGGCAAUGGUUUGGGGACAUGAGUUUAAACACUAUUCUUAAGCUAGUUGCAGGGCAAAAGUACUCUGAGAAAAGUGCUUUGAAUGAUAGAAUGAAAAAGGCGAUGAGGCAGUUAUUUGAGUACUUGGGGAUGUUUGUGUUGAGGGAUGCGGCUCCUUUUCUUGGGUGGCUAGACGUCGGAGGACACGAGAAGUCGAUGAAGAAGACUGCGGAAGAGUUGGACAGUUUUCUUGGGCAAUGGUUACAGGAGCAUAAGAGGAAGAGGGAUUUGGGAGAGGUUGAAGGAGAACAAGACUUCAUGGAUGUUAUGCUUUCGGUACUUGAUGAUGUGAAUGUUGCAACUUCUGGUUAUGAUGUUGAUACGAUCAUUAAAUCCACAUGCUUGGCUAUGAUCGGUGGAGGUAGUGACACCACCUUGGUUGCCUUGACAUGGGCACUGGCACUAUUGCUAAACAAUCCCCAUGUGUUAAUAAAAGCUCAAGAAGAACUGGACAUUUGUGUCGGAAAGGAAAGACUAGUAAGCGAUUCAGACAUUAACAAGCUGGUCUAUCUCCAAGCAAUAGUCAAAGAGACAUUAAGGUUAUACCCAUCAGUACCACUUUCAGCCCCUCAUCUAUUCAUGGAAGACUGCACUCUCUCUGAUUACAAAAUCCCAAAUGGGACUUGGCUUAUUGUGAAUCUGUGGAAGAUUCAAACCGACCCAAAAGUGUGGCCAGACCCAUUUGAAUUCAGGCCUGAGAGAUUUUUAACAACUCACAAGGAUGUUGAAGUGAGGGGUCAGAAUUUUGAACUAAUCCCAUUUGGGAGUGGUAGAAGGGCAUGUCCAGGGACAUCAUUUGCUCUGCAACUGGUGCACCUCGCAUUGGCUACUUUCUUACAUGCCUUUCAGUUUUCGACUCCUUCCAAUGAGCCAGUUGAUAUGAGUGGCAGUCCUGGACUGACCAACCUCAAAGCCACCCCUCUUGAAGUUCUGGUCGCCCCCCGAUUGCCACCCAAGGUUUACAUUGCAGCAUUAUAAGAUUCACUGAUGGUGAUGAAGCUUUUAUUGGAGAGGCAUAAAAGCUUUAUAGUUAUUAGUGUGUUGUACCAAAUGUAGAGUGUCGAAUAACUUACUUCAUCUUUGGUUGUAUAAUGGUCAAGAGCCUCUUGAUCAUAACUUUGAGGUUCAUGCUUGAUCGUUGUAAUCCGUUCUUUGUCUGACAAAAUAUAUAUCUAUUACUAAU